AUGCUCUCACGCUUACGCCCCAGAGGUCACCUCCGACAAAGAUCCAUUGUGCAUGUCACAUCGCAAGUUCUGGCUACAAGUUCAAGGCCGACAAAUCCUAAUCUCCUGCCCUUCAGACGAGACCUGCACACAGCCCUCUUUUUCCCAGGACAUGGAGUCCAAAGGGUUGGCAUGGCCAACAGCUGGAUUGAGAGCUUUCCCAAUACGGCGGCUAAGGUUUUGGACGAGAUGGAUAGCACCCUCGGGUUCAAACUAUCCAGCAUUAUAUCCGAUGGCCCCAACUCCAAGCUCAACAAAACGGAAAAUUCACAGCCUGCAGUUAUGGCAAUCUCAGUUCUGAUACUCCGUAUCCUGGAGCAGGAGUUCGGAUUCAACACUAAAUCUCGAGUCGAUGUUACGCUUGGGCAUAGCCUCGGGGAGUUCUCCGCAUUGGUUGCUGGGGCUAUCUUGAAUUCGGGGACGCUUUGA